AUGCCUCAAGCCCAACAUCCGAUUGCUACCAUAAUCUUCAUUGUCGUUAUCAUCUGGCUCGUUUUUCCCGAUAGCGACUAUUCGGGUCAAUCUCUUACUCUCUCCGAUCUUGCACAGGAGAGGCUUGACCAUUUCCAGGAUGCACUCGACGUGCUGAACGCCUCGCGCUGGGGCGAUUUCACACCAGCUCCAGAGAAGAAUUCUGAUGUGAAACCUUCUUUCCUCAACAUAACAGGCUUUCGUGCUGAGGACAAUCUCUCAUGGGGUGACUUGAAGAGGUUCCGUGAGAGGAGUCUCGCAUUCAGUCGACAUGCCGUACCGCCAGUAGGGGGGCAAAACUUAUGGGACGCUGGACAAGGUGAACCCAUGUGGACGAACGCAUCAGGGAUUGUCCAUGGAGAAUGGGUCAAGAAGAAGGGCUCAGUAUCCAGAGGAUAUGAUAGUUACAACCUGAGUAGGAUCGCCCCUGACUUGGACUGGAUUGGCGAUCAUGCUUCCUGGGCACGUAACAUUACUGGCCGCACCGGCCGUAUGAUGCUGCGUCUUGAGGGGAACAAGACGGUCAGCGAGUAUGAGCAACUACCAGCGCAAAGUGGAAUACCUGUCUCUGGUGGCCUCAUACGAAGUGUUAGAGGUACGACAACUAUCGAAGACACAUAUGGUUCUGGCCAUGACUGGGAGAUGAGGCUAUGGGGGGUCCAUUGGCCUCGUCAGGGUGUCAUUCUCAUGACCACCACCAGUGAAAAGUUCGAGGGCAUUUUCGGUCUCCCGCACUUGACCCCGAGCGAGGACUUCUUCCAGUCCAGCCAGAAGCUGCUGAAUGAAUCGAUUGCCCGUACGAUUACCAGAAAGAAGGAAAACAUCUACGCAGAUCAGACAUUUCCUUGGACUUCUGAUUUGGAAAACCCAUUGUACACCAAUAACCCAUCACCACACUGCGAGUAUAUCAUGUAUGCGCAAGUCUACCCACCAAGUCGAGGUCGUUUCAAUCUUGAUUCCGAAGAAUCGUCCAGGGACAUUUUACAGUCAGCCAUCAGCACCAUAGAAUCAGAGUUACAGUCACCGGUAGGCGCCCCUAUUCCUAGGGUUCCCAAGCUCCAGAUGUCGGUCGUCAUCUAUUCGCCGGAUUGUGGGUUCUUUCUUGAGAGCAAAGGUCCGCCAGACUUUGGUCCAAGUGAGGCCCAGCAUCUGACCGGCAUGAAGAUGGAGGUUCAGGUCUACCAGGUGAAGGCAUGGAUUCUCGUGUACGCAGUUGUCAUGUUUGCCCAGGUCUAUAUGCUUAAGAACCAGAUGCGCGAGUCUUGCACCCCUUCGACAAUGGGUCGUGUGAGUUUCUGGACCAUUGCCAUCAUGCUCAUUGUCGAUGGCAUGACCUUCACUGCUGCAGCUACUUGGGUGUCCUCUGCUGGUGCUACCUUUCUUCCUACCCUGGCUCUUCUGUUCGCAGCGUUCCUGUCCAUGACGAUUGGUGGGAGUUUUUUAUCCAAGGUACACGAGGUUCAGAUACCCGAGACUCGACCUCGUAGAGAACAAACCCCUGGCGCGAGCAGUUCAGGGAAUGGUCCCGGUGCAGUAGUCUCGUCCGCUGCGGUACCGAACACAACUGGCCCUACUUCUCUUUUGCCCAGCCCUGUUACGGCGCGUCAGCCGGCCAGACCUCUGCCUCAACCACAACCCGUCAUUGUCCCGUCUGACCAGGACAUUGAUGCUGAGGUUUCUGCUUCAGCAAGUGCUGUUCCUGGUGCCACAACCGCACAACGGGCGGAGGAGCCACCGCCAUCCUUCCAAAGUAUCAUUGGCCGCCUCAUUCUCUCUUCUCUGUGUAUCAUAUUCCUGGCAAUUUCUUCCACAACAUGGUACCCCAACCUGCGGUCUCUCUUUUUGAACCUUUGCAUUCUUAUCUAUCUCUCCCUCUGGAUCCCUCAGAUCCAUCGCAAUAUCAGACGUAACUGUCGUCGAGCCCUUGGAUGGCCCUUUGUCAUUGGUCAAUCGAUCCUACGUCUUCUUCCCGUAGCCUACUUCUGGACUAAAGAGGAUAAUUUCCUCUACGCUCGCUCGGAUCGUCACGCAUUCUUGGUAUUCUGUGCCUGGGUUUGGAUUCAGCUCAUUAUUCUCGCCGCGCAAGAUAUUGUCGGUCCUCGUUUUGGGAUUCCUGCUGGUUGGGCCCCUGACGCCUGGGACUACCACCCUCUUCUUCGUGAAGACGGUCUUGAGGCUGGCGGUCUGCCAAUUGGUCUUGUUGCGGAUGAUACACCAGGUAUUGAGCGUGCUCGCUCCUCGGGUGACGAUGGCAACAAGAAGCAAAGCUCAAUGAGAAGCAUUGACUGUGCUAUCUGCCGUGAGAUACUUGAGGUGCCGGUACUUACAGCCGAAGAUGAAGACACGGGCGUUGCGGGCGUUUUUGCUCGUCGCUUAUAUAUGGUAACGCCUUGCCGGCACAUAUUCCAUAGCGGCUGCCUCGAGGGCUGGAUGAGAUUCCGCCUUCAGUGCCCCAUAUGUCGGGAGGAGCUACCGCCUCUAUGA